AUGAUUUGGUAUGCCUUUUUGGAAUAUUUUCGUGGUCAAUUUUUUAGCAAUUUCCCAAUCAAACUUAAAUGGAAAAUAAUCCAAUUCCUAAAAAUAAAACAUAAACGUACAAAUAAUUGUACCGAAGAUAAUUUGAUUUUACAUGAAAAUACGGAUUACAUAAUAGUGAACAAGCCUUGCAAUAUAGCGUUAACCAACUAUGAUGACAAUUCAAAAUCCUUAGCUAAAGACUUGGCAAAAAUGAGGCCUGACUUGAUGGAUACUGAUUUGAGAUUUAAAAUAAGAUUCCCACAUAGAAUUGAUUAUGGUACUAGUGGUUUAUUAUGUGCUGCCAUAAAUAACAAAACAAGUGUAAAAUUAUCAGAACUCUUUCGCAAUCGUUUAGUCUCAAAAUUUUAUUUGGCAUUGGUUUAUGGGCAUUUAGACACCUCAAAAUUAAAAUCAGUAAAUAGUAUGGUUAAUCAAGAUCUCAUCAUAAAACCUCAUUGUAAAAUGCUCAGCAAAAAUUUUAAAAUUCAAGAUAUUGACCAACUUAAUGAUUGUCAAAGACUCAAUAAUCUUAUAAUUAACCAUAUCACAACUGUAGGUUGCAUACAUAAAAAUCAACUUAAAUCGAAAUUCAAAACAAAAUUUAGAUCUAAUAACCCUAAAUUUGCAUUAACAUUGAUUAAUCCACUUCAAUGGGGUUAUUACAAUAACUUCCCUUGUACAAAAGUUAUAUGCUCACCCAUGACAGGUAGGAGGCACCAAAUAAGGUUGCAUUGUAAGGAUUUGGGACAUUCCAUUGUUGGAGAUUAUACGUAUUACCAUUAUAAUAAUCAUGACAAUCUUGAGACAUCAAAUAACUUUUAUAAAUUUAGGAAAUAUAUGCUUGUUGAUACUUUAAUGCACAGGAUAAAUAAUUUAAAAAUUGAUCGGACAAUGUUACAUUCAUUUUAUUUAUCAAUGCCCAAUAUACACUAUGUUGAUAGACUUUCAAUCACUACAAAUCAUUCUGCAAUAUGUUCCCAAAAAAUUUCAGAAUUCAUUGGUAAGGACCCAUUUAUAUCUGCCAAUGACCCUUUAUGGAUUGUCCCUCAAAUAAAACAGAAUAUUGAAAUGCCAAACAUUAAGGAUAUCAUAAUAAACAUGCAAAAAAUUGCAGAGAAUAUUAUACUUAUAUAAAUAUAAUUCUAUUCUUGUAUAUUUACAAAAGCAAAUCAUUUUACUAAA